GCGGGCGUCGCGGCCCCUGACCCGGAAGUAUUCCCUUCUUUUAAAAGCGCCGGCCCGCGGCGCGCGGCCUCUUCCUGUCUGUGCCAGGACGGCGCGUGGUCCACGCCGAGCGAGCGAGACGCCCGGUCUGCGCCUUUAGAAUGACCGAGUGGGAGACAGCCACACCAGCGGUGGCAGAGACUCCAGACAUCAAGCUAUUUGGUAAAUGGAGCACUGAUGAUGUUCAAAUCAAUGAUAUUUCUCUGCAGGAUUACAUUGCUGUGAAGGAGAAGUAUGCCAAAUACCUGCCUCACAGUGCAGGGCGGUAUGCUGCCAAGCGCUUCCGCAAAGCACAGUGCCCCAUCGUGGAACGCCUCACCAACUCCAUGAUGAUGCAUGGCCGCAACAACGGCAAGAAGCUCAUGACUGUGCGCAUCGUCAAGCAUGCGUUUGAGAUCAUCCACCUGCUCACUGGUGAGAACCCUCUACAGGUUCUGGUGAAUGCCAUCAUCAACAGUGGCCCCCGGGAAGACUCAACGCGCAUCGGGCGAGCCGGGACAGUGAGACGGCAGGCUGUGGAUGUGUCCCCAUUGCGCAGGGUGAAUCAGGCCAUCUGGCUGCUGUGUACAGGUGCUCGUGAGGCUGCCUUCCGGAACAUCAAGACCAUCGCUGAGUGCCUGGCAGAUGAGCUUAUCAAUGCUGCCAAGGGCUCCUCCAACUCCUACGCCAUCAAGAAGAAGGACGAGCUGGAGCGUGUGGCCAAGUCCAACCGCUGAUUUCCAACUGCUGCCUAAUAAACUGUGUGCCCUCUGGGACAGUUCCA